GAGUCAUGAGAACGGCUGGUCACUUGCUUCUCGACCGUGGUCUUCUCGUCACACGCUCCUCGUCAAAAUUUAUUUAUUUAAAAUAAGCUCAUCACAAACCUCUUGUCACACGUUUGUAUCACGUCAUAUCCUCGUCACACAUUUCUAUUACAUCACAUCUCCUCGUUACACGCUUGUAACACAUUACAGUUCAUCGUCACCUACUCGAAUCCUGUGCGGCAUUAUGAAGUUGGUGUUUAGCCUGCUGCUGGCGUGCUGCGUGUAUGGCGCCCCUCAGGAAGUUCAGGACCCCAAAGACCCCCAGGAAGUCGUCAAAGGGAAGGAGGACAUUUUGGCUGGAGAUGACAAUACGCAAAACACAUCGGUGGUCGGGAGCGCGGCGUCUGUGGAGGCGUUGGCGUCGGAGUUCGAGGAUGUGGUGAGGGACAGCAACCUGCCCAUUGUGGUGCCUGACGGGACCGUCGUCUCUACUGAGGAAAAGUUCGGCACCGUCAACAUCUUCGGCAUCGAUGUACCCAUCAUCAUCCUAGCUAAAAUCGGCCUCGCCGUCAUCAAGGUGGCUAAGGGCUUGACGAGCGGCAACAGCACGGCGGCAGUAGCAGCUGCUCUGGCAUCGGGUAUUCAGUUCCCAGAGGCCGGCAACCGCGAAGCUGUGGCAGAAAUCCUCGCACAAACAGCCGGCACUGCUGCCGCCAUCUUUAAGGGGGAUGUCAAGGGCGAAGUUUAUUUUGCCCAGGCCAAACAUCCUAAUGGUAUUGAAGGUGCCACUGUGGUGACCGCCAAGUUCAGUGGACUGUCAGCGGGGACUUAUAGACUGGAGGUGCGCAGCAGCGGCAACAUCGAGGACAAAUGUAGCAACGUCGGCGGCCUUUUCACAACUAGUGAGAUAACCGACCUCGGAGUGCUGGGUCGGCUGGUGGUGGACGACAAAGGACUGGCAUCCACUAUUCUGAGUCGUGCAGGAAUCUCACUGAGCGGCGACCACAGCAUACUGGGCCGCAGUAUCGCCCUUGUCGCCGUGCCUGACGAGUCGUCAGUUACGGCGCCCGCCGAUGCGUCUUCCAAUAAACCCAACGCAACAACGACCUCCACGCCUGAUGUGCCGCCUGCAGCGUCAGUCGCCGCGGCCAAACCCGUUGCCUGCGCUAUUAUUGUGCGCCAAUAAUUUCCAUAUCAAAUCUACGCCUUUAGAUGUUUAGCCUAUUUAUUCACGUUCAAAUUUAUAAGUAAUUGGAAUAAAAUUAUCCAGAUAAAAGUUUAGGGUACCUUGAAAUAUAAUUUUUCUCAGUA